GGCAUGCUAAGAGCUGCUCAGCGUAGCGGCAGACAAUUGAACAUCGGGAUUAUCGGUGCAGGAUUCGCAGGCCUCCGAUGCGCCGACGUUCUUCUUCAAGCGGGCUGCAAGGUCACGAUCUUGGAGGCUCGACAUCGCGUCGGAGGUCGAGUCGCUCAGAGUUCUCAUCUUGGUUCAAUGGUCGACCUAGGACCAAAUUGGAUUCAUGGAUCGAAUGACAAUCCUAUCUCGAAGAUCGCGAAAGAAACCGACACAAAGCUGCACGCAUGGGAUGAAGACACACGAAUAUACGAUUCACAAGGCAACGUGUUGGAGCAGACCGAGGCCAACGAAUUCAACCGCCUGCUCUGGGACGAUGGUCUGAUUGCAUCUGCGUUCCGUCAUGCAAAUCAAAACAGCGCCUCGAUCGACCCGCAGACGAGCCUCUACGAUUUCUUCGUGGAAAGGUCCGGAGACCUGUUCAAGGACGACAGGAAGCGGACCACUUUCUUACAGUUCGUCAAGCUUUGGGGAGCAUACAUCGGCAGUCCUGUAACUCGACAGAGCUUGAAGUACUUCUGGUUGGAAGAAUGCCUUGAAGGAGAGAAUCCGUUCGUUGCGGAGACAUAUCAUAAGAUCUUGAACGCUGUUGCCCGACCCGCUGAACAGGGUGCAGACAUCGAGCUGAACACCGAGGUUCUCCGUGUCAAGUCUGAGCGCGGCGACAGUACUACAGGCGAACAGCCAGUACAUGUCGAGACCUCACGUGGUACAACACAUGCAUUUGACCAUGUCGUUGUAACGACACCCCUGGGGUGGUUGAAAACGAAUCAAGAUCGCUUCGAACCGCAGCUACCUGCUCGGCUGGCAAAAGCGAUAAAAUGUAUAUCAUACGGUUCACUGGACAAAGUCUACGUGACUUUCCCGUUUGCGUUCUGGCAAUCUUCGAACCAGAAGGAAGACAACACGUCCACAGCUGGCCUUGAUCCCAGAGUAUGUCCUGAUUCACCAACAAGCACUUCAUCUGCUGCAGGCUUUACCAUCUGGCUGCAACCAUCAUAUGCAUCUUCCACAAAUCCCAACGAGUGGCUUCAAGAAUGCAUGAAUCUCGCAGCACUCCAGCCCGAGUGUGCUCAGCCCACGCUCCUCUUCUACAUCCAGGGCCCACAGAGCAAGUACAUCGCCGACGUCGUCGAUUCAGCCACAGAUGAGCAAGACCGAGACACGAAGCUCAUUGAGCACUUCAAGCCGUACUUCUCUCGGCUGCCGAACUACGACGAGUCCAGAGUGGAAUGCAUUCCCAGGGCCGUCCUGGCAACGUGCUGGGCAAACGAUAAAUUUUCUGGACACGGCUCGUACUCGAACUUCCAGAUCGGACUGGAAGAUGGCGACAAGCAUAUCGAAACGAUGAGGCAUGGUAUGCCCGAGCGUGGCAUCUGGUUGGCGGGCGAGCACACAGCACCUUUCGUAGCGUUGGGCACUACCACUGGUGCUUAUUGGUCCGGCGAGGCGGUAGCAAAGCGGAUCGUAGAGCAUUCUCUCGCACAGAGUCAAGACUUCUAA